CCCCUGUGAAGGGGAGGUGACCCCUGACCCCUCAGGCCGGGCCAGCACCCUGUCCGCCUGGAGGGGACCCCUGCGGAGGGGCGGGACCUGGACCCGGAAGCCCCGCGGGUUUGCGAGGGAGGAAGCCGGGGUGUCCCGGAGCCGGAGUGAGGCCCCAGACUGUGCACAGGGGGUCCCCCCAUGUUAGCGGGUGCCUUGCAGACUUGCAGCCCCGAUGCAGCAUUUAUGCCGUCAGUUCUUGAGGGACGGGAUGGGGACUUGCAGAACUGGGAGGUCACCUGUGGCAGGUCCCAGGUGCUGCCCGAACCCUUCCCCUGCCCCUCGCUAGAUGCGCUGCUGCAGCUGUUACUCGGGGCGGGAGUGAGCCCCCGCCCCCCGCGCGCACAGGGAAGGGGGGGGUUUGCUCUUGCUCGCUCUGGCGCAGCACUGUCACCUGGGCGCGUGGUGCCACCUUGUCUGGGUGUCGGGUGUAUGGCUGAGGUACUGAUGGCUGGUGGGGGCGCAGCCGGGCAUACCCAGACUGUGGGUGGGAGGGAGACUGGGCUCGCCUGGGCUGGAUUCCUGCCUCAGAGCAGUCGCUCAUUCCUGGAGGACCUUCAGCGGCUGUGUUUGGCGUGUGUGGGCUUGUGGCCGAGACUCAGGAGGUGACAUCUGUGCUGGGAUCCCUCGAGCGACCCCUUCCUCUGUGGUGACUCUCCAGGAGGCUUAGGAAUAAAAAAACUCCAGGCUCUGCUGCUGUGCAACCAUGUCGGCCCUCACUGCCGUGUUUAAGUACGUGGAUGAGAACCAGGAUCGCUACAUCAAGAAGCUUGCAGAAUGGGUCGCCAUCCAGAGUGUGUCCGCGUGGCCAGACAAGCGAGACGAGAUCAGGAAGAUGAUGGAGGUGGCGGCCAAGGACAUCCAGCGGCUGGGCGGCUCCGUGGAGCUGGUGGACAUCGGGAAACAGAAGCUCCCUGAUGGCUCCGAGAUCCCGCUGCCGCCCAUCCUGCUCGCUAGACUGGGCUCUGACCCCAAGAAGAAGACCGUGUGCGUUUAUGGGCACCUGGACGUGCAGCCCGCGGCCCUGGAGGACGGCUGGGACAGCGAGCCCUUCACCCUGGAGGAGCGCGAGGGGAAGCUGUACGGGAGAGGAGCGACCGACGACAAGGGGCCGGUGGCCGGCUGGCUGAAUGCCCUGGAAGCCUUCCAGAAAACAAACCAGGAGAUCCCGGUCAACAUCCGCUUCUGUCUGGAGGGCAUGGAGGAGUCUGGCUCCGAAGGCCUGGAUGAACUGAUCUUUGCGCGGAAAGACACGUUCUUCAAAGACGUGGACUACGUGUGCAUCUCCGACAACUACUGGCUGGGGAAGAAGAAGCCCUGCAUCACCUACGGCCUCCGGGGCAUCUGCUACUUCUUCAUCGAGGUGGAGUGCUGCAGCAAGGACCUGCACUCCGGCGUGUACGGCGGCUCGGUGCACGAGGCCAUGACAGACCUCGUCACGCUGAUGGGCUGCCUGGUGGACAGGAAGGGGAAGAUCCUCAUCCCUGGCAUCAACGAGGCCGUGGCCCCCCUGACGGAGGAAGAGCUGCAGCUGUACGAGAAGAUCGACUUCGACCUGGAGGAGUACGCCCAGGAUGUGGGGGCCGAGACCCUGCUGCACAGCUGCAAGACAGACCUCCUGAUGCACCGCUGGCGGUAUCCAUCCCUUUCCCUGCACGGAAUCGAGGGUGCCUUCUCGGGGUCGGGCGCCAAGACCGUGAUCCCCAGGAAAGUGAUCGGCAAGUUCUCCAUCAGGCUCGUGCCGAACAUGACCCCUGAGGUGGUCAGCGAGCAGGUCACGGGCUACCUGACUAAGAAGUUUGCUGAGCUGAACAGCCCCAACAAGUUCAAGGUGUACAUGGGCCACGGAGGGAAGCCCUGGGUGUCCGACUUCAACCACCCCCAUUACAUGGCUGGGAGGAGAGCCCUGAAAACAGUUUUUGGCGUUGAGCCGGACCUGACCAGGGAGGGCGGCAGCAUCCCCGUGACGCUAACCUUCCAGGAGGCCACAGGCAAGAACGUCAUGCUGUUGCCCGUGGGCUCGGCCGACGACGGUGCCCACUCACAGAACGAGAAGCUCAACAGGCACAACUACAUAGAAGGCACCAAGAUGCUGGCCGCCUACCUGCACGAGGUGUCUCAGCUGAAGAACUGAGGACCCAGCUGCGUGGGUGCCCGGAGCAAUCCCAGCACGACCCUCGUCCUCCUUCCGUCGCUCGGGACAGCGGCCUCUCCCUCGACCCUUCUCAGAUCACACAGCUGCCCAAGAACGACCAGGCAGCGCCCGCCUGUCCCCUGGGGGCGGUCCCUGGGCCCAGCGGUCAGCGAUGUUGAGCCUGGGGCGUAACAACCCUGGAUGACCACAGGUUCUCAGAGUGGUCAGUGACUUUGUCCCACAAAACAGCCAAGGUCUGGCAGGACAAGUCCUGUGCAAGGUUCUGCCUGUCGUCCAGCUGGGCUGCACAGAGCGCUCCAGGCCCCAUCUCUGGUCCGCGGCGGGGUCUCCCCCCGCAUCUGAGGCUCGAGGGGCCUCUUUCUGGAGGAGGCCUGGCGUUGCCUGUUUCUCCUCGUUGUGAUCGCCCCAAACCUCAUCUCCCUGGUGGGUUCUUCUGUCUCAGUCUGUGCUGCUGAAUAAAGGAGGAAGUGAAGCCUCUGGGGGUGCUGCCCCCUGGGUGCUUUUGUGCUCUCAACAGUCAGGACCCAUCGGACUUGGGGAGCUCCGUUACCUCUCC